CACUUAUUUCCGGACGGUUUUUCCUGUUGCACAGGUUUGAAAGCAGCUGACUUUUAAUCUGCCUGUCGUGCUGUAAACUUUUCCUUCAGGACACCGUGUCAUUCUUUCGGAACCGCAACUCGUUUAUCGAGGUUCGGACGGAUUAUCAUUGUCGUUGAAAAAAAAGUUAUUAUGAGUUUGUGACGGUCAAACAAACACCAGAGGGUGAAGAAAAAAAAAAACAUUCCGAAGAGGAAGCGGCUAGUUAUGAUUUCAGCAGCUGACAGGUGGGAGUAGUAUUUGAGAGACCUCAACCAUGUGGACAGACAAGCAAAGAGGGAUCAGAGUCUCUCAGGAGGAGCUGCUCUGCAAGAACGCCUGCGGGUAUUAUGGAAACCCGGCAUGGCAAGGCUUCUGCUCCAAGUGCUGGAGAGAGCGAGAGCGAGCACGUGCAGCUGGAGCCCAGCGACAGGACACAAGGCCGAGCAACGAUGGAACUCCUCUCACCUUCUCCAAAUUUGAGGAGAAGAAAAACACAGAGAAAGGUCGUCGGAUUAACACAAUGAGGAGACUCUUCUGGGGAAGCCCAUCGCCUCCAAAACAACAAGAGUCUUCUGAGAGCUAUGCAAAUGUGUUAAAAGCCUACCAGAGCCUUGAGCCCGGGGACUUCACUGGCUUCCUAAAGCUACUUCGGAGCCCGUCCUCCCAACGUUUGCAGUCCAGAUGUACAGCUUUCCUCAACACAAUGGAGGCUUACCAUGAUCUGCCGGUACAGAAGCAGUCGGAUCUCGUGCAAGACUUCUACCAGUCAUUUGCUGAAUAUUUUAGCAGUUUUCCUGAGGCUCAGGUCACUCAGAUAAUGGAGCAUGUGGAGAAGUUAAUAAUGACACGUUUGCACAAAUGGGUUUUCUGUCACGACAGCUGCGAUGAUGAACAGAAGGACCUGACGCUGCAGAGAAGAAUACGCUCCUUAAACUGGGUUACUCCGCAGAUGCUGAGCGUACCUUUUCCUGAGAAAAAGACUUCAGUCACAGCCGACCCCUUUCUGCCCGCGAUAACAGCCAUAAUUGAGAUGGAUGCCAAACGAGCACCUCAGGACAAACUUACAUGUGUGUCCAAAUGCAGUCAGCAUGUCUUUGAAGCACUCUCCAGUUCCAACAGUGAGCCUGCUAAUGCUGACGACUUCCUGUCGGGCCUCAUUUAUGUGGUGCUGAAGGCCAAUCCACCUCGCCUUCACUCCAACAUGCAGUAUGUGAUUCGAUUUGGUCUCCCUCACAGCCUGAUGGCAGGAGAGAGCGGCUACUAUUUCACCAAUUUAUCUUGUGCGGUGGCCUUCAUUGAAAAACUGGAUGGACCAGCACUCAACCUCAGUCCAGAUGAGUUUGAGGGCUACAUGCUGCGUCAGCGUGUUCCCGCUGCAGCUAACAAGAGGCGUCAGGUUGCCAGAGACACACAACACCUGUUAGAGGAGCUUCAAGGCCGACAGGAGAAGCUGGACCAAGGGAUGGAUGCUCUCAACGUUGAGCUAAAUAAAUGGGUCCAGGCAGUUAAUACACAGCUGGAUGAGGCGACCAGCCAGUUUUCUCUGGUACAGAAGGAGAUAACAGCUCAGGUUGAGCUCUCACAGGCUUCUUCAUCCUCAUCUCCUGAUGCGUCACUACAAGGGGAUGACAAAGACCAGACGGUACUGGUGCUCACGGAUCAACACGCAGGUCCAGAAGAUACAGACUGUUAGCUGUAUUAACAAAACACCUAAUCUGGUACUUGACCCCUUUUAAAUGAUCAUCACUAAUUUAUCUAGGUUGCAAAACAAACACAGAUUUAUAUUUCAAUGCCACGUUUGCACAAGUUCCAACCACAGAAACCUGGGAUUUGUAAGCCAGUUGAAAAUGAAGGAAAACUUAUAAUGCUAUGAUUUGCAUUUAUAUCACAGGGGGCACUAGGAGGUAUUUUAUAACGACUUGGUUAAAGAAAUUUUUUGCACUUGUACUCCUGCUUUUAAGAUGAAGGCCACUAAAAUACAUUCAUAGUAACAUAUGUUAUCCAAAUUAACAUUACAGCACUCAGGGGAAACACAGCACUUUGGGAUCUCACCUAACACUUAAAGAGUGCUUAUUUAAUAUUCACUUUUGUAACAGUAAACACCAUUGUGCCUUUAUGUAAACCAACUGUGAAAUAUACUACAGGAGAAAAUGUUGUUGGCAGUUAACCACUACGAGUCCACGUUUUCUAGAGUUCUCAACAAGCUGCCUAACUUUCUGUACGAAGAGGAAUUACCUGGUGUAAAACAAUUAGUAACAUGUGAGUGUACGAAGGUACAUGUCAUUUAAUACUGUUGAACGUUUUCUGAAGAAAUUAAAGGGUUUUAUGUCAUGUUUAAUGAUUGUAUUCCAUAUUAUAUUAAAGUUGGCUUUUACGUUUCAA